ACAAGGUCCCCUCUCAACUCACAACCUUUGAGAGCUAAGAUUUGUCACUUUGGUGCUUGCUUAGUUUUUCUUCUUCCUAGGAGAAGCGUAUCUGUAUAUGGCAACUCCUAUGCAUUCUAAAGAACCUGCACCAGUGUUUAACACUGAAAUAUCAGAGGAAAUGCAAGAUGACAAUGAGAAGUGGGUGCUUGAUUCCUCUGUUGAUAAUAAAGGAAAUGUUCCUCUAAGGGCAUCUACUGGAGCUUGGAAAGCAGCUCUCUUCAUAAUAGCCAUAGAGUUUGGGGAGAGACUCAGCUUCUUUGGAAUAUCCACAAACUUGAUGAUGUAUCUGACAAAAGUCUUACAUGAAGAGCUUAAGACUGCAGCUAAGACUGUGAACUACUGGUCUGGAGUGACAACCAUGUUGCCCCUCCUUGGCGGAUUCAUUGCUGAUGCCUACCUGGGGAGGUUCUCCACUAUUCUCUUCUCAGUUUUCAUCUAUACUGCGGGACUAGGCCUAUUGAUCCUGUCCCAACUAGCACCAGCCUUGAAGCCUUGCACCGAUAUUGACGGCCCCUGCCAUGGAUCACUAAGACUACAUAAGAUAGUCUUCUUCGUAGCAUUAUACUUGAUCUCCAUUGGUACAGGGGGCCACAGGCCAUCACUGGAAAGCUUCGGAGCUGACCAAUUUGAUGAUGACCAUCCUCAUGAGAAGAUGAAGAAGAUGUCUUACUUCAACUGGUGGAAUUUUGGCUUGUGCUCUGGCUUGAUGCUUGGUGUAACUGUUAUUGUGUACAUUGAAGAUAACAUCAGCUUCUGGGUGUCUUACGUUGUGCUGUGUGUUAUUAUGGGCAUAGCUCUGUCCAUCUUUUUGUUAGGAAGACCAUUCUACAGGUACAGAGUUCCGCAAGGCAGCACUUUGACACCCAUCAUGAGAACUUUUGUUGCAGCAGUGAGAAAGAGGCACCUGCCUUAUCCUGCUAACACACAGGAGCUGUAUGAGGUCUCAAAUUCAUUCUCUGAGAAGAGACUCUUGUCCCAUACCAACCAGUUCAGGUUCCUGGACAAAGCUGCCAUCAUUGAGCACACAAACAAUGAGAAGCACAUGAAUCCGUGGAGACUAGCCACAGUGACUCAGGUGGAGGAGUUGAAACUGAUCAUAAACAUAAUCCCUAUAUGGCUGGCCACCAUUCCCUUCGGCAUAAGUAUCGCACAGUCAACCACCUUCUUUCUCAAGCAAUGCGCUGUUAUGGACAGAAGACUCACUAGCAGCUUUGAGAUACCUCCAGCCUCUGUUUUCUCUCUUGGUGCCAUUGGUAUGAUCAUCUGUGUCACUCUGUAUGAUAGAAUUCUGGUACCUUUCUUUAGAAGAUUAACUGGUAAUGAGCGUGGUAUAAGCGUUCUCCAAAGGAUAGGUGUUGGCAUUGCUAUGGUUGUCAUCGCCAUGGUCAUUGCGGCCAUUGUAGAAGCAAAGAGGCUGAGCAUUGCCCAUGAGGAUGAAAGCAAGGUGGUUCCCAUGAGUGUGUUCUGGUUGGUGCCUCAGUUUGUGAUACUUGGCUUUGGUGAUGGUUUCUCACUGGUGGGGUUGCAGGAGUACUUUUAUGAUCAGGUGCCUGACAGCAUGAGGAGCUUGGGAAUAGCCUUCUAUUUGAGUGUCAUUGGUGCAGCUAACUUCUUGAGCAGCCUCCUUAUUACUGUGGUUGAUUAUGUGACUCGGAGAGGAGGAGGUACAAGUUGGUUUGCAAAGGACUUGAACAAGAGCCGGUUAGAUAAGUUCUUCUGGUUGCUUGCUGCCAUGGAUGCUGUCAAUGUUGUCAUCUAUAUCUUGGUUGCAAGGAGGCACUCUUACAAGAGUGUGCAGAGCAGGGUGGGCAUUGCCAACUCCUCUGAUGGUGAUGAUGAGGAUGUACCCAGUAGAGUCUAGAGAUUAACUGUUGAGUUAAAAAUUAUUAAUUAUGUCAUCGUAUUUGUCUUAAUUUGCCUUCCUCAUUAAUAAUAUUUAUGUUGUACAAGUAUUUAAAUCUGAUUAGAAAUAAGACUCCACGUGUUAUGCCCCUA